UCCCCCCCUUCCUUUAGAAUCAAAAUCAACUCCAUCUCAACCACUUUCCCGACCAGAUAAAACCAUGGCCAAUUCCGCAUCUGGGGCCGUUGCCUCGAAAUCCAAGCCUGAAAGACUCCCCAUCACAGUCUCCAAACCAACCCCUUACACAUUCGACCUGGGCCACCUCCUCGCAAACGACCCUAACCCUCUGGACGGCGUGGCAACCUCGCAACGACGCAACGACGCCCUCAAGGCCACCGCCCGCGACGGCAUCCAAAGCCUCCUCAACCAACUUCUCACCACCUGCCCGAUCACCUCGUCCCCACAGGGCGUGCUCCUUACGCUGCCGGCCCCGGCAACGCUGCUCCCGCGGCACAAGCCCCUGCCCACGCCCAAAGCACCCACGAAAUGGGAGCUCUUCGCCCGCAAGAAGGGCAUCGGAAAGUACAGCGCGAAGCCGGGAGCGGCGCUGGCCGACAAGGAGCGACGCAAGAAGCUCGUCUACGAUGAGGAGAAGGGCGAGUGGGUUCCUCGGUGGGGCUACAAGGGGAAGAAUAAGAGUGAGGAUGAGUGGCUGGUGGAGGUGAAGGAGAAGGACUGGAAGAAGGAGGAAGAGGCGGCGGCCCAGGGCAGCUCGAUCCGUGGAAUGUCGCGUGCGGAGCGCAAGGACAGGAUCCGUCGGAAUGAGAGGAAGAUGAGGUCGAAUGAUCGCGCAUCGAGGAAGUCUGGCAGUGGUGGUGCUUGAGGAGGAGGAGGAGGAGGGGGGACGACGACGAUAUAUUCUGAUUGAUCCCUUUUUUUGUUUUCGUUUUGUUUUUGUUUUUUUUCUUCCAAUAUUUGGGAUACUGGGCUUAUCUGGGCGUCUGGAGUGGAGUUGCAGGUUUUGUCCGGCAGUUACAAUCCUGAAAAGCAAUGUUCUUCUAUUUGUAUAGAUCACUCAGAAAUGUGUGCAUACUACUAUGUAGAUACCAGGUCUACAGAUUGCAAUGUAAUGAAGAUAAAUGAAAGAGAUCUUGC